AUGAUGAAUCAAACAGUAAUAAUGGAAUUCUUGCUUCUGAGAUUUACUGAGAACCAGUUGCUAUUGAGGCUACAUGCUGUGUUCCUCUUACUGAUCUACCUACUGGCCAUAGUGGAGAAUUUAAUUAUCAUCCUCCUCACAAUUCUUGACCAACACCUCCACACUCCAAUGUACUUUUUCCUAAGGCACUUACCCUUCUUAGAUAUGUGUCUCAUUUCUGCCACAGUCCCCAAAUCCAUCCUCAACUCCAUCGCCUUCACUGACUCCAUCUCUUUUCUGGGAUGUGUGUUACAGGUCUUCCUUGUGAUACUAAUGUCUGGGUCCGAGGUUAGCAUUCUCACUGCAAUGUCCUAUGACCACUAUAUUGCCAUCUGUCGCCCUCUUCAUUACGAGGCUGUUAUGAGCAAAGAGGUCUGUGUCCAGCUGGUGUUAGUCUCCUGGCUCAGUGGAGGGGUCUUUGGAGUCUUGUACUCAGCUGGGACAUUCUCUUUAAAUUUUUGUGGGUCCACUAAGAUACAUCAGUUAUUUUGUGAUGUGCCCGCCCUACUGAAGCUCACUUGUUCUGUGGAACAUGCAACUAUUAAUGUCAGUGUGGCCAUUGGGGUCUGUUAUGGAUUUUCAUGUUUAGUUUGCAUUGUGGUCUCUUAUGUACAUGUUUUCUCUACCGUGUUAAAGAUCCCAACCAGACAGAAGCAGGGCAAAGCCUUUUCCACCUGCUUGCCUCACCUCUUUGGAGUGAGUCCAUUCCUUCUAACAGGUGCUAUUGCUUAUUUAAAGCCAAACUCUGAUGAACCUUCUCUUCCUGACUUGUUCGUGUCUAUGUUCUAUUCUGUGGUACCCCCAACCUUGAACCCUGUUAUCUACUGUCUGAGGAGAAAAGAUAUUAAAUUAGCUCUUGUUAAAGUCCUAUGGAGAUUAGCUGAUUAUUUUACAGGAAAAUUAAAGAAAAUACUCAAUUUACUCACAAGCUUCAGUUAUUUGACAUAUAUGUCUUAUGAUGGAUUUUAUAGAGUUACUCAUAUAUAUGAUGAUGAUGAUGAUGAUGAUGAUGAUGAUGAUGAUGAUGAUAUCACAUAG